GCGGGUCCCGGCUUCCUUACAUGGUCACGCCCGGGCUUCCAGCUCCCGGACGUCCCCCCGCCCCCGCCCCCACCGGACACGGCCCCCGCCCUGCUCGCCCCGCGCCACCCGCCUGCGCCCCGCCAUGGAGGACCUGGAUGCCCUGCUCUCUGACCUGGAGACCACCACCUCACAUAUGCCAAGGUCAGGAGCUCCAAAAGAGCGCUCCCCAGAGCCACUCACACCUCCCCCACCCUAUGGCCACCAGACACAGACAGGGUCUGGGGAGUCUCCAGGGGCCUCUGGGGACAAGGACCAUCUGUACAGUACGGUAUGCAAGCCUCGGUCCCCAAAGCCUGCAGCCCCUGCGGCCCCUCCAUUCUCCUCUUCCAGUGGUGUCUUGGGUACUGGGCUCUGUGAGCUAGACCGGUUGCUUCAAGAACUUAAUGCCACCCAGUUCAACAUCACAGAUGAAAUAAUGUCUCAGUUCCCAUCUAGCAAAGUGGCUGCAGAGGACCAGAAGGAGGACCAAUCUGAAGACAAGAAAAGACCCAGCCUCCCUUCCAGCCCAUCUCCUGUCCUCCCAAAGUCCUCAGCCACCUCAGCCACUCUGGAGCUGGAUAGACUGAUGGCCUCGCUCUCUGACUUCCGUGUCCAGAACCAUCUUCCAGCCUCUGGGCCAACCCAGCCACCGGCGGCAAGCUCCAUGAAUGAGGGUUCCCCAUCCCCACCAGAGCCGACUAGCAAGGGCAGCCUGGACACCAUGCUGGGGCUGCUGCAGUCCGACCUCAGCCGCCGUGGUGUUCCCACGCAGGCCAAGGGCCUCUGUGGCUCCUGCAAUAAACCUAUUGCUGGGCAGGUGGUGACAGCUCUGGGCCGGGCCUGGCACCCUGAGCACUUCGUGUGCGGUGGCUGUUCCAUGGCCCUGGGAGGCAGCAGCUUCUUUGAGAAGGAUGGAGCCCCCUUCUGCCCCGAAUGCUACUUUGAGCGCUUCUCACCAAGAUGUGGCUUCUGCAACCAGCCCAUCCGACACAAGAUGGUAACCGCCUUGGGCACCCAUUGGCACCCAGAGCACUUCUGCUGCGUCAGUUGCCGAGAGCCGUUUGGAGAUGAGGGUUUCCACGAGCGCGAGGGCCGCCCCUACUGCCGUCGAGACUUCCUGCAGCUGUUCGCCCCGCGCUGCCAGGGCUGCCAGGGCCCCAUCCUGGACAACUACAUCUCGGCGCUCAGCGCGCUCUGGCACCCGGACUGCUUCGUCUGCAGGGAAUGCUUCGCGCCCUUCUCCGGAGGCAGCUUUUUCGAGCACGAGGGCCGCCCGCUGUGCGAGAACCAUUUCCACGCGCGCCGCGGCUCGCUGUGCGCCACGUGUGGCCUCCCGGUGACCGGCCGCUGCGUGUCGGCCCUGGGCCGCCGCUUCCACCCCGACCACUUCACCUGCACCUUCUGCCUGCGCCCGCUCACCAAGGGCUCCUUCCAGGAGCGCGCCGGCAAGCCCUACUGCCAGCCGUGCUUCCUCAAGCUCUUCGGCUGACCGCCCUCCCGCCUCCCGCUCGCCCCCGGGGGCCGCGCCCGUGCGGAAAAGACGGAGUCCUCCCGACCCCAGGCCUUGCCCUUAGAGCUUGGGGUACCCCAACCCCGCUCUGUGAGGCCCCACCCCCUGGAGAGACCCGCCUCUAAGGUACUCUGUGUUCUCAGGGGUCAAGUUCAGAAAAGGCUCAGCCAGUUCUUAACCCACACGCCCCAAAUGCGGAUUGUCCACUGACAGAGGUCCCGCGUAAAUCCUGCACUCUAGUCCCGCCCUUGAGGGAGCCCCCUCCGGGUCCGUGCAACUCUGACUAAGCAGAGGCCAGGCCAGGGCUCCCUGCCCCCGACGCCCCCACUUUUCUGUGCACUUUUUUCUAGCUACAUAAACACACAUUCCACGUC